CCAAAAAAGAAAAUGGGUAAGAAGGGUGGGAUAGUGGAGACGACGAAGAAGAAGAAGAAAGGGCGCCCUUCUCUUUUGGAUCUCCAAAAACGCAACCUCAAGGAGCAGCAGCACCUACUCCAACAAUUCCACCACCGCAACAAUUCCAACUCUGCCCCUCGCUCCAACCCUAAUUCCACCCCUGCCCCUCCCUCCACCAACCACCUCCGUCGAUCCACCCGCCGCAACCCCAACCCCGACGACGAGGACCCGGACGAUUCGGACGGAAACGACGGCCGCGAGAAGAAACUCAAGCUUGUCGUCAAAUUGCCAAAAUCCUCCGCGAAUUCCGGCGGGUCUGAGAAUGACGACGGCGACGAGAGCGUGAAAAAGCGCAAGAUCAAUGCAAUUGGAGAUGGAUCUGGGCUGGCUCACCCCACAAAGGGUGAGAAGUCGGUUCCUGUUUCAAAUCCCUCCUCAAGCACUGUCCAAGGUGUGGCCAAAUUGGAUUCUGGACCCUCUACUCCUUUACCCGAUACACAGCUGCUACUGUUCGUUCUUGAGAGGCUUCAAAAGAAGGACACCUAUGGGGUGUUUUCUGAGCCUGUGGACCCCGAAGAGCUUCCAGACUACCAUGAAGUAAUAGACAAUCCUAUGGAUUUUGGGACGGUUAAGAAGAAGCUUACAAGUGGAGUGUAUGCCAGCUUGGAGCAGUUUGAGGAUGACAUUUACUUAAUCUGCUCGAAUGCAAUGCAGUACAAUGCUCCAGAUACCAUAUAUUUUCGACAGGCACGAUCCAUCCAUGAGCUUGCGAAAAAGAACUUUGAAAAUUUGAGGCAAGAUAGUGAUGAUAAUGAACCAGAACCCAAGGUCGUAAGAAGGGGUAGACCACCCACCAAAAAUUUGAAAAAACCACUUGGGAGGCCUUCCUUGGAGCGUGUUGGUUCAGAGUUCUCAGAUGCCACACUUGCUACUGGGGCAGAAAAUGCUAUAUUGUCCAAUCAUGAUCGUUCACGAAAUAAUGAUGUGUAUACUAGUUGGUUGGCUGAUAACAAAUUUGAGAGGAAUGAUGACUUAACAGGUUCCAUGUUGAGAGGUACUUCCAAGACUGGGAGAAAGCAGUUUGUGUUUGAUGAGAACAGGCGUAAUACAUAUCUACAGUCUCAGCCUUCAGCUAAUGGAAGAGAGUCAACAGUGUUGACUACAUUUGAUGGAGAAAGAAAACAGCUAAUGCCUGUAGGGCUUCAGUCAGAUGGUUAUGCAAGGAGCCUGGCUCGAUUUGCAGCGAAUCUUGGACCUGUUGCUUGGAGAAUUGCUGCACAUAGGAUCCAAAGGUCAUUGCCUGCUGGUGUUAAGUUCGGUCCUGGGUGGGUUGGUGAAAAUGAUGUUGCUCCUCACAGGUCACUGGUAUUAGUCUCAUCCUCGAAAGAGCGGCCAUUUUCGCCACAGUCCUUGCCCAAUCGUGCAAAUUCGUCAUCUGCUGCGACAUCUUGCUCUAUUGAAUCAAAUAAAGAUAAAUUAUUGGAGAAACCUUCAGGACAUAACUUGUCAGAUAAACGCCCUUCUAUUUCUUCAGGGCCGGAUGACCAUCCAAACAGUCCUCCCCCACUGUCCGCUGCCACCUCAUCAGAUCCCUCAGUUGCUAACAGAUCUCCUGAACCCCUCACAGGAAAAGGCGAAACAGUUGAAGGAUCAAACUCUCGUGGUGGGAGUAAUAUGAUGGACAGUAAACUUGGUGGAAUCAGGCCAGGGCCUCCUCCUCAGAUCCAACGGACUCCUGAAAUUCAACCUGGGACGAAUGGAUUGAAUGGCACAUAUGGAUUAAACCGUCCUGCUCAGAUAGCAAAACAAGUUGGCAUGACCAAGUCUGGGGGCUUCAGCUUCCAUUCAUCUCAAAUGCUUGAUCAAGUCUCCAGGACUAACACUAAAUUGACUCAUCCAGGGACUUCAAACAGCUUAAAUUCAGAAGAAACCAAGCCCUCUGAAAAUCCAGGUACAAUACAGUCUUCUGGUUCAUAUUCAAAUUCAGUGAAUGAGUCACUGCCAGCCCAAACAUCUGGGGUUCAUCCCCAGUCAUCUAGGCAAGGGUCAUCCCAACAAAUUAAACCUAAUUCAGGAUUCUCACCGCAACAGAAGCCUGACUCAGUUCCACCAGAUCUGAACGUCAGAUUUCAGUCCCCAGGGUCCCCUAGUUCUAGCCGGGCUGAUUCAACGCAGCCGGAUUUAGCAUUGCAGCUCUAAGAGUAACUGAUUAUCCCUCUUUUCAGUCUUCCCUUAAUUUUUAGUUAACCAUAGGGUGAUGUGGGUGAUGAGAUCAUAGGGAUUGCUUUUAAGGCACAGCAAAGCCGCACCUAAUUGUAUUGUAAAGGAGUAGGCUGCUCUUGUACAGAUUACUGUAUCAUGCCUAAUUUUUAGGUCUAGAAGUAAUAGAAAGGUUUAAUUUGUAACGCCGGGAACCAUGAUUUAGAAGAGUAUGCGUUCCCGGUGAUGUACCAUGUUUAAUUUACCUGUAGACUCCUUGUUUAUUCCAAGGAGAUAUACCCUUUGUACCAGAAGAUGUAAUGUCACUCUUAUUUUAGAAUGUAUCAGUUUACAGGAAUAAAGUUUGUAGUAGAUCCAAACUGUUGAUAGCAAAAUCGUGACAC